CUGCGGGGAGAGCCCCCCCGGGUUAAAACAUUCCUGGAGUGCCGCCUGCCUGCCCGCGAGUAUCUGUUGCUGCUCUCUGAAACCGCGAGGUUGCCCCGGAGGAGUCGUGGGGGGAGGGGGUGUCUUGGUUUGUUUCUGAUGGAAGCCUCGCGUUUUGAACCCUGUCGUUGACGCCGAGAUCUUCGGUAUUGGGUGUCGCCAGGGAACCGUAGACCUGGUUGUCAAGAUACUUUGCCUCCUCUGGAAGUAGCUUCCUUGCUCCCGGAGAUACUCAAUGUCUCAGGCUGUGCAGACAAACGGAACUCAACCAUUAAGCAAAACAUGGGAACUCAGUUUAUAUGAAUUACAACGAACACCUCAGGAGGCAAUAACGGAUGGCUUGGAAAUUGUGGUUUCACCUCGAAGUCUACACAGUGAAUUAAUGUGUCCAAUUUGUUUGGAUAUGUUGAAAAACACCAUGACGACAAAGGAGUGUUUACAUCGUUUUUGUGCAGACUGCAUUAUCACAGCCCUCAGAAGUGGCAAUAAAGAAUGUCCUACCUGUCGGAAAAAGCUAGUUUCUAAAAGAUCACUAAGGCCAGACCCAAACUUUGAUGCGCUUAUCAGCAAAAUUUAUCCAAGUCGUGAUGAGUAUGAAGCUCAUCAAGAGAGAGUAUUAGCCAGGAUCAACAAGCACAAUAAUCAGCAAGCACUCAGUCACAGCAUUGAGGAAGGACUGAAGAUACAGGCCAUGAACAGAUUACAGCGAGGCAAGAAACAACAGAUUGAAAAUGGCAGUGGAGCAGAAGACAAUGGUGACAGUUCUCACUGUAGUAAUGCUUCCACACACAGUAAUCAGGAAGCAGGACCUAGUAACAAACGGACCAAAACAUCUGACGAUUCCGGGCUUGAGCUUGAUAACAACAAUGCAACAGUGGCAAUUGAUCCAGUAAUGGAUGGUGCUAGUGAAAUUGAAUUAGUAUUCAGGCCUCAUCCCACACUAAUGGAAAAAGAUGAUAGUGCACAGACAAGAUACAUAAAGACUUCAGGUAAUGCCACUGUUGAUCACUUAUCCAAGUAUCUGGCUGUGAGGUUAGCUUUGGAGGAACUUCGAAGCAAAGGAGAAUCAAACCAGAUGAACCUUGAUACAGCCAGUGAGAAGCAGUAUACCAUUUACAUAGCAACAGCCAGUGGGCAGUUCACUGUAUUAAAUGGCUCUUUUUCUCUGGAAUUGGUCAGUGAGAAAUACUGGAAAGUGAACAAACCCAUGGAACUUUAUUAUGCACCCACAAAGGAGCACAAAUGAGCUUUUACUAAAACCAAGUCUGAGAAUGAACUUUUUUUAUAGCCUAUUUCUUUAAUAUUAAAGAUGUAACGUCUUUACUUUUACGGACAGAAUAUUGGAUAUGUUGUUCAGUUUUCUUUCUGAGCCAGACUCGUUUACACUAUUAGAAUCUUUUCCCCUUAAUUUAAAAUUUCCUUUUUGGAAGGGACUGCAGUUAUUCAGGACUUUUUCUUUCCUUUUAAAAAUAUAUCUAAGUUUUAUGUUUUCAUGAAGUAUGGUUCCAUUUGGAGCACCCUUUUGACCCAGGAAUUUUUCACAGUUCCAUCUUCUUAAGUGAAGAUUCAGUUGGCUGUCCUUUUCCCUCCCCUCUAAAGUUUUUUAGGCCUACAGAGUGUUAAAUAAUAUGUAUUUUGACUUUUUUUCCUGGAGUCUUGUAUAUUUAUAGUUUUCUAUAUAAGCUGUAGUAUCUUCAUGAAGACCAAGGCUCAAACUUACUGUGCUUAAAAAACAAUUCUCAUAGGAUUAUUAUUUUCAUGGUAUUUUCUUCCAUAAUAUCUCAUUUUUUUAAAAAGGUUCUUUAUGAACUUAGUGUCCAUUGUCAUGCAAUGUUAUUUUUUUCCAUUUUUCCCCUCUAAUUUUGGAAUUUCUGAUCCUGGGAAAGAGAAAUAAAAUGUCAAGUUCUAUGAGAACUUGGUUCAUUUACAGAUUUUACUGAAGAAAGAAAAAUUAAAUUGGUCUUAUGUAGUCUUCAAGUGUAUAUUUAAAGAGGUCUUUUUGUAUUAGCUUUACUGUCACUUCAGUUCCUUUAUUAUGUGUGUUUGAUGUUUUUUCCUAUUAAAAUACCAGAGAUAUGGAGAUAUUUUGCACUUUAGCCUUGAUGAAAAGUACAAGAUAUGUUCAAAGCUUCCCUAAUUCUUUUCUUCUUGGUAGCCAUGUAAGUUUCAAGAAUAACAUGGCACAUAGAACUAACUAACAACUGGAAAAAAAAAGUUUUCUUCCGUUUGAAAAGUGUGUUCAGCAUUUUGGGUGGCCCUAUCACUUUAUAAAUUUGGUGCUCUGCUAAUCACACACUAGAGAAGCAAGUUAAAGGAGCUUGAGCCCUGCCCUAGUGAGAGAUUAUUUUGUAGAAGAAUGUCAGCAAGUAGGGUAAAGUCAUUUUGUUCUUAAUUUAGUUUUAUAUUUAGGGACAGUGUUGUGCUUUUAGAGCCAGAAGGCUUUAUGACGACAGAUCAGAAAUAAGAUUGACUUGUGUGUUGCUUUUCAUCACUGUCCUGAUUCCAGGUAUGUUUCCAGGUUUAUAAUUAUCACAGUAUUUACAAAGACUUGAUUGCAUUGAGAAAUUAACCUCAAAGGGUUUUUUUUUUUUUUUUUGCCAGCCAGGGUUGAGUAGUCCUCCAGUUCCAUU